AUGGAGUGUUGGAGUUCGGUUGAUGUGGUGGUUGGGGAGAUAAUGAGGAUUCAUAGAUCUUUGCCGGAUAGACCUGGGAUUGAUGAAGUUGAAGCGGCGAAAGGUUUGGUUGUGAAUGUUGAGAAAGAUGACCAGAUUAAGUUGGAAUCUAUAGAGAAACAAAGGAAAGGAAAUGAUGUGUCGGAUGAGCUUUUCAUGAUUUUGUUAGAGAUGCAGAGGAAUUAUGUGUUUUUUCAGAGUAAUGAACAGAAGAGGGAAGCUUUGAAGCUUCUUGAUCUUGAGAAUGUUCAUUCACUGUUUGAUGAAUUGAUUCAGAGAGCUUCUGAUUGUGUUUCGUCUCCAAGUGGUUCAAGUGGUUCUACUGCCGCUUUGAAUUCUAGGAGAAUUGCUUAUCCUAAUGGUUCUGCUUCCGCGGUUUCGACAAGUUUAUCGAAGAAUUUGACUUCUGGUUCUGGUUCUUCUGAAAAGCAGGUACCUUCAAUUGCUGCUUCUUCUGCUUUGGUUCAUGUGGAGAGAGAAGUUUCUGCAAAGGCUUCUGAAUUGUUCACAAGAGAUGAUAGUUAUGUGAGCAAGUCCAAGUCUAUAUUCUAUCCCAACGGGUAUGGGAUUGAACCAAAUUUUGCAUCCAAACCCCAAAUAAUGGAUUCAUCGUUGAAAUCCACAACUGCUGCAGGUCAAGAUGGUGAUAAGUUGAGUUUGAUCAAACUUGCUGGCAUAAUUGAGGUUUCUGCGAAGAAAGGAACUCGAGAUCUCAUGCUCCAGGGAAAGCUGAUGGACCAAGUUGACUGGCUACCUGAUUCAAUAGGAAAGUUAUCUAGUUUGGUUACCCUUGAUUUAUCAGAGAAUAGGAUUGUGGCUAUACCUUCAACAAUUGGAGGCCUUUCAUCAUUGACGAAAUUGGACUUGCAUUCCAAUAGGAUCACAGAGAUUCCUGAUUCUGUUGGAAAUCUCUUAAGUCUGGUAUAUCUAAAUCUGAGGGGAAACCAGUUAACAACCUUACCUGCUUCUUUGAGCAGAUUGAUACGUCUCGAGGAGCUUGAUUUGAGUUCAAAUCUAAUUUCAGUGCUUCCUGACACUAUUGGGUCACUUGUUAACCUUAGAGUGUUGAAUGUGGAAACUAAUGAUAUAGAUGAAAUUCCACAUUCUAUUGGUAAUUGUUCUUCUCUUAGAGAGCUUCACGCUGACUAUAAUCGGCUUAAAGCCCUACCAGAAGCUGUAGGGAAGAUUGAGAGUUUAGAGAUUUUGUCUGUGCGGUACAACAACGUCAAACAACUACCAACAACAAUGUCAUCGAUGAUAAACCUGAAGGAACUUAAUGUGAGUUUCAACGAACUUGAGUCCGUUCCUGAGAGCUUAUGUUUCGCGACCUCCCUUGUCAAGAUGAACAUAGGAAACAACUUUGCUGACAUGAGAUACUUACCAAGAUCAAUUGGGAACCUCGAAAUGCUCGAAGAGUUGGAUAUCAGCAAUAAUCAGAUACGGGUUCUUCCCGAUUCAUUUAGGAUGCUUACAAAACUACGUAUCUUGCGAGUUGAAGAAAAUCCUCUUGAGGUUCCACCAAGAGAAAUAGCCGAGAAAGGAGCACAGGCUGUUGUUCAGUACAUGGCUGAUUUUGUGGAGAAGAGGGAAAAGAAAGAUGUUAAACCACUACCAAUUAAGCAGAAAAAGACCUGGGCUCAGAUCUGCUUCUUUUCAAGGUCUAACAAAAGAAAGCGCGAUGGAGUUGAUUAUGUGAAAGCUUGA